UAUAACUCAGGGUUAUUCCUUUCUGGACAUGGCUCUUUGUUCCUGAUCUUGGUUGAACUGCUGUGCACCGCAGGAGGCAGCCAUCCCUGCUGGCAUGUUCUGACCCUCCCCUCUCCUGUGUUGCUCAGGCUUUCUCAAGCUCCAUGAUGGUUUCGAGGAAGGUGGUGGCUUCUCUGCUGGUGGUGUACGUGGUGGCCAUGCUGGCUGAACAGACUGAAGGCUACCUAGCCUUCUUCACUCGCAGCGACAUCGAGAGGAUGCAGGAGAAACAGAGGAACAAAGCGCAGAAGAAAUCCCUGAUGUUGCAGAAGCGAUCAGAAGGCGGAGACGUUACCGAGCUCUCUGACGUGGAGCGUGUGGACGAGGGCGAGAUCAUCAAGCUGACUGCACCUGGAGAAACUGGAAUGCGGCUCGACCCUAGGCAGCUGGAAAAAUACCAGCACAUCCUGGAGGAACUGCUAACUGAGAUGCUACUGAACGCUCAAAAUGGUAACUGAUAUCCUCAGACCCAGAAGAGCAGGGUGAUGCUGCUUGCUGGACUACAGGGCUACGCUUCUGCAAGACUAAAUCUGUAAAGUGCUUCAAAAGAAAAAAAUCUGAUGCGAGCUAAUAAAAUG